AUGAACACCAAGCCCAAGGCGAUCUCCCCGCCGGAGAAUGGCGGCAACCGGCGCCCGCCCAACCCCCAUGAGCGACCGGCCAAAAAGAAAAAAAAGAGCCGCGUCGUGAUCACCGAAUCCCUGCGCGCGACCGAUGCGGAAAAACACGCGACCUCGCGCUCCCUCUACGGCGACCACGCCGCACGGAUCUCGAGCAACAUCUUCAACAUCCACGACCGCAUCCGUCAGCGCGCCUACGAGGCGGUUUUCCGUAGCAUCAAAGGCAAGACGGUGCUGCAUUUGGGGUGUGGGAUGGGGCUGUACGGGAUGCUCGCGGCGCGGCGAGGCGCGCGGCACGUCGUGGCGGUGGAUUCCUCGGCAGUGAUCGACGCCGCGCGGGUGGUGGCCGCGCAGAAUCACCUGUCCAACCUCACCUUCCUGCGCGGGCGCCUCUCGGAAGUCCUCGCGAAGCUUCCCUUUCCCAAAUUCGACCUCAUCCUCUGCGAGUGGGUUGGGGCGUUUUUGGUGAACGAACCGAUCUUGAUGGACGUCCUCUACGCGCGAGAGCACCUCCUCGCGCCGGGUGGGGUGAUCUGCCCGAAUCGUUCCUCCUUGCACGUCGUCGGCGUCUCCGAUUACCCCUUCACGCUCGAGGUGAUGGAUUUCUGGAGUAACGUCUACGGCUUCCGCAUGGCGCCGAUGCGGCGGCUGGUGGAGCAGGAGGCGGAUGUCUGUCGGGUGCCCGCGGCGAACCUCGCGACGAGCGUCGGCCUCGCGCACACCGUCACGAUCGAGGAGCUGCCCUCGCUCACGGACGAGGAAACCGCCGCGUACGCCACCCGUUUGGACGAAUCGGAACCCAAGGAAACGGAAAAAAGCGACUCCCAAGCCCCGGGUGUGGCCGGCAAGGCCGAGGAGAACCCCGUCGCGCAGACGUGGACGCCGCCGGCGGUGAUGCGGGCGGGGUUCGCCGCGGACUUCCAGCUCAAGGCCGCCCGCAACACGACGCUCCAUUACCUCACCUUUUACGUCGACGCGGUGUUCACGAGCCCCGUCGAUAUCGGGGCAAAUUUCGUGAUCGGGAUUCGCCCGGGCGGCGUGAACGCGUGGACGGAGGUGAGCGUGUGUUUACGGCAGCCCUUGCCCGUGAUGGCGGGGGAGACCAUCGUCGGCCGCCUGACCACCUCCACCACGGCGAUGAAGACGACCGUGAUUAAGGUGUGGGCGAAGACGGAGGGCAAGGUCGCCGCCGUCGAAACGGAGGGGGAGUAUUACUACCGAGGGGUUUAA